ACGGUAGACCACUCUGCAACGGUAGACCACUCUGCAAUACUUCUACAGAGGGUAACUCGGGGUCUUGAGUGUCACAGAGAUCUGGAACAGUCGAGUAUGUAGUCCGAUGGAGCGCGUUCUGGUUCGACUUUUGUUUUUCGCCAAAAGCCGGGAAAUUGUUGGUCAUAAAGAAAUAGAGUUUGAAGUGGACAUUUCUACAACACCACGUUUGUUUCUGAAUUCAUUACUUCGUGAAUACCCAGGCUUGAGUGCAGUAGCUCAAAAUAUUGUGCUCUCCCUGAACGGAGAAUACCUUGACACUAAUGACCAAGAGCUGAUCCUGAGGACUGGUGACGAGCUUGCUAUAAUACCUCCCAUCAGUGGGGGUUAAUAUGCAUACUACCAGGACGUCAUUGCCAGAUAUUACAAAGAUGUCAGGAAGUCUUGAUAAA